GCGGUACAGAUGAUAGGCGAGUAUUAGCAGUUGGUAUGGAGUACGGUGAAUCUGAAAAUAACAAACAGCUGAGCAAAGCAGAACCGCCAGACCUCCUCACCCAAUCCCUAACAAGUGUGUUUGGUAAAUCUGCUGCUGUAGUCUCACCAGUCACACCACAGGAAGAAGUGUAUGCGGUGCCGAUACAGAGGUACCCUGACUUUAAUGUGCCUGCAGCUCAGAACACACCUGUUCAAGGGCCUGUAACUGAGGUGUCACCUGGUGAUAGUGGUCACCAUGUGGUGUCACCUGGUGACAAAGGUAAAAACGUUCCGUCUCAAGGUAGCUCAAUUGGUGAUCUCAUAUCAGAGGCUUGGUCGUUGAGCUGUGAUAUGACCAGAGCAUGGCAGAAAGCUGACGACCACAAGGUUACAUCUCCUCCAUCAAAUCAGUCAACCAAUCGGCCAACCAAUCAGCCACCAGUUAGUGUUGAUAAAAAGCAAAACUCUGCUAAUCUUUCAGCAAGUGAUACUGAAGUGCAACCAAAAAAUCCGGAAAUUAUUCCUGUUCAAAAGGUGGAAAUUCCUGUUAAAGACUGUGUCAUAGUUGAUAUUGGAGAAGAAAACAUCACUUCUGUUCCAAAAGUACAAGAAAAGCCGAGUUGUGGUAAGGAAAGUGAACCUCAAAAAGAAUCUCAAUCCAUGCAGUUGAAAACAAGUGAAUCCAAGCCAAAAGAUUGUACAGAUGAACUGUUGCAUGAUAGUGAGGAUAUUGAGGUGUCUGGACAACAAGAUGCUGUAUCAGUGAGGAGUGCACCAGAUAUAGAGGUGGAUAAAGAUAAUGUGAUGCAGGUAACUUCCACAACUAUCAAAACUAAAGAUAGUGGCGAUGGGGUUACAGUGCAGCAACAACUAAAACCUGCUCCAUCCCCUGAGAAGGUUAAUCAAGGCGAUGAAAAGAAGUUAGAGCCUGGCAGUAAAUUUGGUCUGCCCAAAUCACCCGAGAUAAAAACGCCCGAAUCAAAACGUCAACGUGUCAAAUCUGGUAAUGACUCCUCAAACUCUACGACUCCUGCACGAUUAUCAGACAGUGCUGAACGACCGCAAAGAAAGCGCAAACUCCCAAUAAAGCUUACUGAUGAUGCGAUCAUUAAAGAUUCGCCAGAAACUAAUUUUAUCUUGAAGCAGCAUUCAAAAUCUCUGACCGCCCCAACACCUUCAUCAGCCGGACAAAAAUCCGCUGAAGAUGCUGAGGCAGAACGUUUGAAGCAGCAGAAAUUAAAACAAUUUCAACGAUUGUAUGUCAUGAGUCAGCGUGGUCUCGUUCCUGAUAAACCUACUGACAAGGUUGAGGAAAUUCCACCAGGCUCUAGCUCUCCUCCCCCUCCUCUCUCAACAGAAACAUCUCCCCCUAACAGAACCUUCUCUCUUAUGGAUAUUGGCAUAUCUCUUAACGCCAAGGGCGAAGUCACCCUAUCCAUGCCAGAUAAGAUCAAAAAAUUGGCUAAAUCUGGUGGUUCCAUUAACAUAAACUUUGAUGUGGAUUGUCUUGACAAGGACAAUUGUUUGAAGUUUAAGGUAACGGAAGAUAAGGAAGCUAUAACCACAGCCCUUGGGACCAGCGAGAGCCCCGAUAUACCCCACAUAGAAUCAGAAGCUUCCUCUGAACCUGAUAGAUCAGACUCCCCUAAAAUCAAGACCGAGACUAUGGAGAUGUGUGACCCAACUGCAGUUACUAAUAGAAUCAUCAACAACAAGCCAUCUCGUGAUUCGUCUGUUCAAGUGGAUCUGACUGUUACGAACAGUGAGGAGGAUUAUUUGAACGAGAAGCUGUUGAGAGCAAGUACAGCUACGGGCUUUGUGUCCUACCCUCGCUUCACUAACGUUUCUGGAUCUUCUCUUGCUACUGUUCACAAGGUUUUAAAGAACGUUAAAAAAGGUCUCAGUAUUGAUAAGUUGACAAAGAAGCCGACUUGGUUCUGUUCAUUGUGUUAUCUGACCGGAGAUUAUGGAGACAUGGGGCCACUAUUUGGUCCUUUUGAUAUCUAUGUACCACCUAAGAGUAGCUACAGAAACAAAAACAUGUCCGAUGGAGCGAAGAACCUGUUUGAAAAGUUGAGCAGUACGUUCAAUACGGAUUUGGCUUUCAGCGACGAGAACGAAAUUACCGUUGAGAGGGAAGAAGUGUGGCUACACGAAGAUUGCAUCUGUUGGUCACCGGGUGUCUAUAUGAUUGGCUUCGAUAUUUAUGGCCUAGAAGAAAUAUUCAAAGUUGCUCGAUUCACUGUAUGCAGUGAAUGUGGUGAGAUUGGAGCCAGCUUAGGCUGCUUCAAAGAGGGAUGCUCUAACCGGUAUCAUUACCGGUGUGCUAUAAAGGCUAAAUGUAAACUCAUCAAAACCACGUUUACUGUCUUGUGUCCUACACAUUCGCACGGGAUUGUUGACAACUGUCUGGCUGUGAAACCUCUGAUGAAAGUCAGGAACUAUCUAUCUCAAGAGGAAAUAAACGAGUCUGAAGAGCUACUGAGUCGAAGGCCAGGAGACGAUGCCCGAGAAUUCGCAGUCAAGAUCACAAAAACUCGGAUUAUCCGGUCAAGGAAGAACAAGACGACUAAAGAGAAGAGAAAAAGUGCACCUGGGCCUGCAGCGGUUAGAAAAAUAAUGAAAGAGUCGAGAAGAAGUGCGCCAAUUCCCACUAGAAGAGUUUUUGACGCUGAUGGUCAAGUUCUGUCCCGAAAGCGUGGUAGACCACGUAAACAUCCUAAAGUAGUGUCUGAUAAUGAUGAAGAGGAGGAGGCAGUGGAGAACGUUCCAGAUCAAGGAGAUGGAGAAGCAAAUGAAACCGGUAGAAAAACAUAUGAGUGUUUCGGAUGCGGCUACCUCUUCAUCAGAAACACGUCCAUCAGGAAGCACUUCAAAUCACGGCCCGGUUGCCGGCAACCCCACAUUCAGCGAUGUAUUGAUAACGAAAAUAUAUUGCCACCUGAAACUCUAAUCUGCUUUAGUUGCGGGCAUUUUGUGGAGGAAGGCAAGAUGAUGGGCCACUUGAGUAAUGUGCCCCAACAGUGCUGCAAGGACGAGCACAUCCGUGUAGUUAGGGAUGUUAAGGGUCUCGAUGUUAAGGAGUACUUUAAGGAGGACAAACGAAAAUUGCGUCCACGUCAGCGGGAAGAAAAGGCACCCAUUUCCGGGUACAAGUGCUUUGGUUGCUUCCACCCAUUUAACACUCGAAGAACUCUGCGUGAUCAUCUCAAAUCUCGCCCAGAGUGCCAUCGAACGAAUUUGGAACAUCUAAUCGCCAAUGACAACGACAUCCCUUCUGAAUUUAAAUUGUGCUACGGUUGUGGAAGUCUCAUUGUAAAGUCCACGGUUAUGGAACUCCAUUAUAGAAAACAGGAGUUUUAUGGAGACUGUAGACGAAGACACGAAGCAGUUAUGAGAGAAAAACGUGACAAAAUUCCUGACAAUGAUGAAGGCGAACCAAAGAAUGAGGUUAUGGCUGAAGAAUGGGUAGACGAUAGAAAGCACGAGAAACAAACAAAAUACAAAAACAUUCCAGCCGAAAACGAUAAUGAAGAAGAAAUUGUAGGGGGGUUUAAUCACGAGGUAAGCAACAAUGAAUUAAAGCUGUAUUGCCCGCAUAAAGACCACAAAUUUGCCAGUCCCCAAAACAUGAAUCGGCACAUCAUGAAUACUAAUAGUGAAGCUUGUUUAAGUCUUCAUAUUGAAGGUUUUCUUGAGUCCGGGGACCGAGUCCCGGCACCGUGGAUGGUUUGCCUGAACUGUGGGUGCUUUGUUAAGAAAAUCCAUGACCACGUCGAAAAGAGUGAUAGAGGCUGUACUGCUGAACACUUAACUGUUGGGGGAGGAGACCAAGAUGAAGAUGUUGAGAUGAAUGGGGAGGGUCAAGAGAGUGACGUAGCUGAAGAGGGGGAGAGAGAAGAGAACACAGCUGUGUGGAAGUUAUAUUGUAGUCAUAACGAUAAAGAAUAUCGUCUCAAGUCAAGUUUACAUAGACAUCUCCGCCAGAAUAUAGAUUGUGUUGAGACUCACAUCAACGGCUUCUUUACCUCCGGGGACAGAGCCCCAGAGGGGUGUGUAUUCUGUCUGAACUGUGGGUACUACGUCUUGGAAGACAAUAGGGAAAUGCAUUUUAAAAGGUUAGACAACACUUGCAAAUUCCAAGACUUUGUUGUUAGAGGAUCAAUUACUAGUUCAAAGAGAGAUAGAGGAGGAAGUGACAAUGCAAAUGGGGAAUCAGCUUCUGAUCAGGAAGACGUAGAAAUGGACGAUGUUGAGGUAGAAACUCCAAGUCAAGCCAGAGAUGAUGCGGAGGAGGAUAAAACGAAGAAUAAAGAUGAAGCGGAAGAAGUAACGGAGGUGAUUGUGAAGAACAAGGGAAAGAAAGUCAAGCCGGUAAAAGUUAAGGUUGAAAUGAUAGCGUCCGCUGAAGUAAUGACUGAGAACGCCUUCUCCUCACCCUCCACCUCAGCACCGCUGGGCCCCACCGUAACAACUCCCUCAAAACCCCAGGGAGAAGGUUACUUCAAGUGCAGCCAGUGUGAAACUAAGACUAAAGACAGGGCCUACCUUAAGAAACACUACCGGGUCCAUCAUUGUCCAGUAGGGUGUGGGGACUAUGAUCUGAUCUGCACAACCUGUGUUAAAGCUCUAAAACUAAUCGUAACAUUUCCUCGGGGGCUUGAAGGCUACGAUUACAGUGCUAAAGCGAACAACUCCAAAAUGGGAUUAAAAUGUCCAGAAUGCCCGACGAUAUCGCAGAAACACAACGCACACUACAUCAGGAGCCACUACCGGGAACAGCACUGUAAGAUCGGGUGUGCUCAGUACGAUCAGCUCUGUUUGGGUUGUGUGGCGGUGUUGGAGAAACUGACGGAGUGGCCCAAACCUCUGAUAGGUCACGACUACUCCACUGGACCCCCUCCUGUGGGGUUCCAGUGUCCCAAGUGCAGGAAGGGUAUUGAUAGACAGUACUUCAAGCGACACUACAGACACUUGCACUGCAAGGUGCAUUGUAUUGAGAAGGAUGUGGUUUGUAAGAAAUGUUUUGCUGUGUUUAAGAGAAUGAACAUGCUGACCAAGGCUGAUGGUCGAGGCGGGUGAGGUGACAGUGGCAGUUUCAAAAAAGAAAGAGAUACUAUCAUUUAUCUAGUUAAUGUUUGAUGUCUUUAAAUGCGAUCACCAAAAUUUUUCACACUGAACACUUUGAUAAGAAAUUGUGCGAACUACUUUCAUCGAGCCCUUGAACAACUUUUCCAUAUUUUUCUUUAUUUAUGCAAUUAUUUACGAGUCAAAACGGUUAUAAUGUUUUUACAGUUGUCAAUCAGCUUUUGUGAUGCAGGUCAUAUUUUAACAUAAUUUAUUAUAAUAAUUUUAUUAUUCUUAAUAAUGUUCGUUAGAUA